AGGGACAUUGAAGCUUGCCCAUGACCAUCAUCACCCAUCUCUCGUGUAUAUAUACACUUCAUUCGUUCAUUCAUUCUCAGUGGCAUCCAUUACAAAACCCAGAGUUUCCUCCCUGGUUUCAAACAUUUCAAUUUCUCUCCUCGUUGGUUUCCUUCCUCCACCAAAACACUGUCCUACCUAGUCUCUCUGUUCUUCCCCUGUUUGUGGUCACAGUUGUGUCAACUCCAACCCUACCAAUUAACCUUCCUAACUCACAAUCCACCCAUAUCAAUAUCAGUAUAUCACUAUCACUAUCACUAUAUAACCACACCUUUCAUUCCAUAACCAUUUCUGACCCAAACUCGAUCUUUAUUUCCCAAUUCACCAUGAGUUUCCCUGCCACCACCAGAAUCAGAGCACUACCUGAUUUUUCCAACAGUGUGAAGCUCAAAUACGUUAAACUGGGCUACCAUUACUUAAUCACACACAUUUGGACUCUAUUCUUGAUUCCACUCAUGUCCUUCAUCAUCAUCGAAGCAUCACAAUUGAAAACAGUGGACAUAAACAUUCACCUCCACUACACUCUCAUCAUCUUCUCUAUCAUAUUCGUCGUGGGACUCACCUUCUACAUCUUCACUCGUCCUUCACCCGUUUACCUCGUUGAUUACUCCUGUUACAAACCCCCUCACCAUCUCCGAGUCCAGUUCAACCAAUUCAUGGAACACUCGAAGCUAACAGGGGAUUUCGAUGAAGAAUCGUUAGAAUUUCAGCGAAAGAUCUUGGAACGUUCUGGUCUCGGGGAAGAGACUUAUGUUCCUGAGGCAAUGCAUUUCAUCCCUCCAAAGCCUACAAUGGCUUUUGCAAGAGAAGAAGCAGAGCAAGUCAUGUUCGGUGCUCUGGACACUUUGUUUUCCAGCACCAAUGUAAAACUCUCCGACAUUGGAAUCCUUGUUGUGAAUUGCAGCUUGUUCAACCCAACCCCUUCACUUUCUGCCAUGAUUGUGAACAAGUACAAGCUCAGGGGUAACAUCAGGAGCUUCAACUUGGGGGGAAUGGGUUGCAGCGCGGGUGUGAUCGCUGUUGAUCUUGCGAAAGACAUGCUUCAGGUUCACAAGAACACUUAUGCUGUUGUGGUUAGCACAGAGAACAUUACUCAAAAUUGGUACUUUGGGAACAAGAAAGCAAUGUUGAUACCCAAUUGCUUGUUCCGCGUUGGCGGGGCUGCAGUUUUGCUUUCCAACAAAGGUUCUGAUCGGUUUCGAGCAAAGUACAAGCUUGUUCAUGUAGUGAGGACGCAUAAAGGUGCCGAUGAUAAAGCAUUCAGGUGUGUUUAUCAAGAUCAGGACGAAGCAGGGAAAACAGGGGUGUCUCUGUCCAAGGAUCUGAUGGCUAUUGCGGGUGAUGCUCUGAAAACCAACAUCACUACAUUGGGUCCUCUGGUUCUCCCUAUAAGCGAGCAACUCUUAUUCUUCGUUACCCUUGUGGGGAAGAAAUUUUUCAGUGCAAAAGUGAAGCCUUACAUCCCAGAUUUCAAGCUUGCUUUUGACCAUUUCUGCAUACAUUCUGGAGGCAGGGCUGUGAUCGAUGAGCUCGAGAAGAAUCUCCAGCUUCUUCCAUUGCACGUUGAGGCAUCGAGGAUGACUCUGCACAGGUUUGGGAACACUUCUUCGAGUUCAAUUUGGUAUGAAUUGGCUUACACUGAAGCAAAGGGAAGGAUGAGAAAAGGACAUAGAAUCUGGCAGAUUGCAUUUGGAAGUGGGUUUAAGUGUAACAGUGCAGUGUGGGAAGCCAUGAGACAUGUCAAGCCUUCAAACAAGAAUCCAUGGGAAGAUUGCAUUGAUAGGUACCCAGUUUAGAUUGUCGUGAAUGUUUGUAUACAUGGUGAAAAACUACUCUAAGCCAAAAUCACAGUGGACAAGAGCAUAGUAGCUUCUCUUAGCUUUUGUGACUGUGCAUUGUGAUUGUACCCUCAUAGUGAGUUUUCAUAGUGUAUACAAACAUGCAUUUAGUGGUGGUU